AUGGAAAACGCAAUGGAGACGGUGGGCAAAAACUGCGCCGCGGAGCUGGCCUCGUUUGAGCGGUGUAUUGUCGCAAACAAAGGUGACGGUAGCAAGUGUGCCGAGGCGCAGCAGUCGCUUGCGCAGUGUGCAGCCCGUGCCGUGCCGAUGCUGCAGGCGGUCAAGGACCAGUGCGGCCCGGUGAUCCGCGCGUACGACCUGUGCCUCCAGCAGAAUGCCAAGAUGGGUGAUGACGAGCUGGCGCAUGCAUGCACGCCGAAGCUGCGUGCUCUAUGGGAGUGUACGGAGCGUGUAAAGGCGGCGCAAGGCCCCUCCCAGUAG